AUGAAGUAUCUUCUCUGGGCGGUUAUGCCCAUCGCGGCGGAAUGCGGCGAGGUCUUGUGGAGUGGCUUUUUCAAUUCUUCGUCGAGCGUGAAGGAAUUUGACGAAUGGUCCUGGUCCAACCAAAUCGGCGACUGGCAAUGGUACAUCCAUGGCAGCGGCGACACUGGUGAUUACCUGGGAUUGUCCGAGGCCUUCAAGAACCCGGCCGACAAGAGUGAUGACCAGGGGAUUCGCAUCACUAUUGACGAAACCUCCUCGUGGAAUGGCCAGAACAUGAUGCGGAGUGAGCUUAUCCCCCAGACGACUGAGGAUCUGGGCAGCGGCCAUCUGUUCUAUCACUUUUCGCUGUCGACCAACGAGACCAAUGCGCCCAAUCCCAAGUUCGAGCACCAAAUUGCAUUCUUCGAGAGCCACUUCACCGAACUCAAGUACGGUCUGUUGAGCGGCGACUCGGCGACCCAAGAUAACACCCUCCGCUGGUGUGUUAACAGCGAAACCCACUGGUCCACCGAACUUGAAGCGGGCCACUGGUACAACUUUGCCUACGACAUCGAUUUUGACGCGCAGACGGUCGGGCUGUGGGUGUCGAACGGAUCGCAGGCCCUCAAGCAGGUGGUGACAGGGGUCAGCGCGUCGACCUCGACCAACUCGGCCGAUUUCCACAUUGGCGAGCUGCGGCUGGAUAACGGGGCGAGUGGUGGUGCGGAGGACUGGUUCUGGUCGGGCAUUUUUGUGGAGAAGGCGCCCAUCACGACGGCGAUCGCAGGACUCUGA